AAUGUUUUAUUUUUUAGAUCUAAUGAAAAUGCUAAAUGUUUAAAGUUUCAGAAUGAGAAUGUUGAAACUAGUAAUGAAGAAGACCAGAUCACACCAGUUUGCUUACCUAACUUAAAUUUGUUUAAAUGUGCAGAUGAGUUUAAUGGUCCUGUACUUGCCAUAGAUAAGGAUGAGAAAGUUAAAAAUAGUAACAAAGAAGACCAGAACACGCCAGUUUGUUUACCUAACUUAGAUAUUGAAAAUAUGUUUUCUGAUGGUGAAUUCGAUUUUCUUAUUGAGAAAUCUUUGCAGCGCCAAGAAAUCUGUAAUGUUCAGGUUGAUAAUAAUAAGUUUCUUACUUCAACACCAAAUAAAAUUUCUACCUACAAAUUAAAAUUACGGGCUAGAAAAGAAAUUUCAUCUUCUCCAUUGAAUGAAACAGAAAAUGCAGAGACCAGUGCUGAAGAAGACAGUGGCUUAGAAAUACAUUCAAUUAAUAGUUUUGUUGAAGUUGAGCAUGAUGUAGAUGAGUUUGAUAAUGACAGUAGUGAUGGCGAUUAUCAACCAAGCAACCUAAGUAGUGAUGAAAGUAGUGAUCUUGAUGAAAUUGAGGAAGCAAAUGCUUCAAUAGAAAGGGUUGAUGUUAAUGUAUCAGCUAUGGAUAAAAAAAUUCCAAAGAUAAAUCCCAUACUGCAAGAUUGUCAAGCUUCUUGUAGCUAUUCUGAUGUCAGCAGUUCUAUAACAUCCAAAUUGAGUAACUAUGAGCAGAUUUCUUCUGAAAAAUCUAUUGAAAAUCUAACUGAUACAGUUGUCUGCAAAAUUAAGGGUGAUGCUGUUGAUAUUCCGAAACGAAAAAGUGGUCAUAAAAUGCACUUUUGUUUGUAUUGUAAAAAACGUGUUUGGAACCCUCCUCGACAUUUUAUGAAUAUUCAUAAAACAGAAGAUGAUGUUAAGGAAGCGCUUUCUUACCCAUUGAGAAGUAAAGAAAGGUCUCAGGCGUGGAAACUAAUUACCAGGCAAGGCGAUUACGUAGCUAAUAUAAAUCUUUUAAAAGCAAAUCAAAACAAUCUUUUUGUUGUAAGAGAGUCAUCAGUCAAAGUAAUGGACCUUGUACCUUGCAUAAAUUGUCAUCACAUGUUUAAUGCUAAAACUCUUUACAAACAUACUAAAAACUAUAAAGCAAAAUUUAUGGAAAUAUCUUUAAAUAAAAAUUUAUCUUUAAGUCGAGCUAUGCUUGGUGUAGCUGUUGGUGAUAAGAAAUUUGGUGAAGUGCAUGAGCUCAUACUAUCAAAAAUGAAGCGUGACGAUCUUCACCUUAUUAUUCGUAAUGAUAAUUCAUUAUUAAUGUACGCUGCUGUUGAAAUGCAAAAAAAACAAAAAGAUAGAUAUCAUGACAUAAGGUAUUCUUUGCGUUGCCUUGCUCGAAUCUUGCAAAUAUUUCGAAAGAAUGAUAAGCAAGAAAAUGCUGUUGCAAGUUUGUUGGUAUUACCUGAAAAUUUUGAUCUUAUUACUUCAGCAGUCAAAAUUCUCUUUAAAUAUAAUGGCCCUAGAGAUAUAGGAAAACCUAAUACUUUUCUAAAGGCAGGUUUUUGA